AUGCUUGACUGCUGGGGCACACGUGUGAAGGGAUUCAUCGCCUGUUUCGUGGUGGGGAGGUGCACAAUUCUGGGAGUGUGCAUGCUGUUCAUCCCCAAGAUUGGACUCACUCUUUUCAUUGUGUUUUACACUUUCGGAAACAUUUGCACUCUGUGCAGCACCAUGUUUGUUGGGCCCACGAAGCAGCUGAAAAGGGAUUGUGAAACACGAGCGCUGGCCACAACAAUCAUGAUAACGUGCCUUGUGUUGACUCUCUGCGCAGCCUUCUGGUGGAAGAACUUUGGACUUGCUUUGUUAUUUUGCAUCCUGCAAAUCUUCUUCACCUGGUACAGUCUGUCAUACAUCCCUUUGUGA